UUGAGGUGUCUCAGGGCACCCUGGCCCCCUCCCUGGCCAUGCCCACAGGGGUGGCAUCCCUGGCACCAGGUUCGCCGUCACUUCUGCUUUCGGAGCGACGCGAACCCCGGCGCGCAGCUGCUCCUUGGGGCCGAGCUGGGGGCUCCCACCAGGGCAGGACCCCCCUCUUUGGGGUGCAGCCCACACCCUGCCACCCUCCCCGAGGGGUGCCCGCAGCCCCCCAGCCCUCUGCUCCCCCACUCUCGCCGUGACGUCCUUCCCCCGCGGGCUCUGCAAACCGCAGCCGCUUUUCCGCGCUCCCUGCGCGCCCCGCCCGGCCGGAGGUGCAGGCGCACGGUGCCCACGACGCCCCGCGGGUGCCGCUGCUGGGGCUGCCCUCACCCCCCGUGCCAGGCCCUCGCCGCUGAGUCCUGCAGCCGGGAGCCCAGCGCGGUCAUCAGCACAGGUCCCAUGGCGCCGGGCUGGGCCGUGCUGGUGCUGCUGGUGCUGAGCCCCCUGCGGGCGUGUGGGGCUGAGCUGCUGGAGCCGGGACUGCCCCGGGACAGGCAGUGGGUCUGGGGGGUGGCCAAGCCCCUGCCCCUCUCCCGUGGGAAGAGGGAUGACAGUGGGCAGGAGCCUGGUGCCACCACAAUGAUCAGCAGUGACAAAAGCGGGGCUGUCACUGUGUCACCACCAGCACCCGGUAGCAACGCCAGCCUGCUCCAGGUGCCAACCGCAGCCGAUCCCAUGGAUGAUUCCCCUGAUCCUGAGCAGAUCCUGAGCUCUGCAGUGCCCAGCACCAACACCAGCCUGCUCCCAGAGCCUGCAGUGUCCACCACAGCCGAGCCUUUGGAUGAGACAGAUUCCUCUGAACCUGACUCACUGGAAGACGCUGUGGCAGCAGCAGUGCCCGGCACCAACGCCACCCUGCUCCCAGUGCCUGCAGUGUCCACCCCAGCUGAUACCAUGAAUGAGACAGAUCCCCCUCUCGGCUCUACCCCAGCACCCAGCACCAAGGCCAGCCGGGCACUCGUGGUGCCAACCACAGCUGAUGCCCUGGAUGAGACAGAUCCCCCUGAUUCCAUCCUGCCGUCAACCUCAGAGCCUGGCACACGCUCAGCACCCCAAAAGAGCAUCGCCACCACCACCCACAGCUGGCUCAUCGAGGAGGACACAGUGACUGAUGGCCUGGACAGCAGCUCCUCCACGGGCCCACGCUCAGCUGGCCUCCCAGCUUUUGUCCUCACCACCACGGGCUACAAGAAACCCAAGAAAUCCGGAGCUCCGCCUGCACCGACCCUCCCGGCCUCUUGGGACACGACGCCGGGGAGCACCGCGGUGCCCUGGGAGCCCAGCGGGGUGAUGAGCAAGUGCCUGCUGGCCAUCCUGCUGCUGGGGCUGGUGGCCGCCACCUUCGUGGUGUGCACGGGGGUGCUGGGGUCGCUGCUGUGGCAGCGGGCGAGGACGGGGGAGCGCCGCUUCAGCCGCACCGAGAUGGUUUGUAUCUCCUCGCUCCUGCCCGACUCCGAGGCGGCCGCCGGUUCACGGCCUGUUCCGGCCCGGCGGCACAAGCUGCUGCUGCCCGACGGCAGCUCCGAGCACGAUGGAGACAACCUGACUCUCAGCAGCUUCCUGCCGGAGCACUCCUGAGCCCCCGGGAUGGCUCCUGCAUCCCGCAGGAGCCCGGUGCCUGCGUGCCCGGUGGAGCCGCGGGCAGAGGAUCCCCUGUCCCCGGUGUUUUAGUUUGGACCAGUGUGACGGAGCUGCUCCCCCGCGGCCAGCUCAGCCCUCGAGGCCCAUGCCAUUAAAGAGUUACCUGGACAUGGUGGUCUCUUCCUGGCAGGGCCGGCACCCGCCGGCUCCCUCCCCGCCCCGCCGCCUGCUCACAUCCUGCUGCCAAAAUUUCGCUUCUCCAUCCUCCCUCUCAAGCCUCUGGGGGAGCAGAAACGAAACCCGCGGCCACCCC